GCCAACACAGUGGGCGUGAACGCACCUUGACUCGCAGUUCACUGACCUCUUUUUCACAACGCUCAUGACGCAACUGUCACAGUGCUUGGGAUUCCCAGUUCUUCCAAACAAUUCGAUUCAAUCUUUUCUAACAAUAUAACCCUUAAAUAAGAGAGAUCACUUUUAUUUACAAUGAGAACUUUUACCAAGCUCUUCUUAGCCAGUGUAAGUGUUGUGCUGAUUGCUAAUAGAUGGAAUGCUCCUACUUUUGAUCCGGAAUCUCUAAAGGGGGCCAGGGUGCUGGUGACGGGAGCCAGCACAGGUAUCGGUGAGCAGAUGGCAUAUCACUAUGCCCGCUUUGGUGCCCAGAUAGUGAUCACUGCAAGGAGGGAGCUCGUACUGAAACAGGUGGCCGAGCGGUGUCUGAGUCUGGGGGCUCAGAAGGCACUCUACAUAUCAGCCGAUAUGUCCAGCGAGUCUGACCCGGAUAAAGCUCUUAGCUUCGCCUUGGACCAGUUGGGAGGACUGGAUUACCUGGUCCUCAACCACAUCGGGCCGAGCCCCUUCAGCAUGUGGGACGGGGACGUGGAGCACAUCAGGUGGAUCAUGAAGGUGAAUUUCUUCAGCUUUGUCAAGAUGGCCUGGAAGGGCCUGGAGGCUCUGGAGAAGAGUAAAGGAUCGCUCGUCAUCGUCUCUUCUCUUUUAGGUAAGAUGGCCAGUCCGUUCGUGGCUCCCUACACCUCCACCAAGUUUGCCUUGAACGGCUUCUUUGGGUCCCUGCAACACGAGCUGGCCAUGAAGAACAGCAACGUGUCCCUCACCAUAUGCACACUGGGACUCAUCGACACGGAUAAUGCCAUGGAGAAAGUCAAGGGAAAGACUGACGUGCCAGCAUACCCGGCCGUAGACGCCGCCUUGAGCAUGAUUGUUGCGGGCGCAACGCGUCAGCCUGAGGAUUACUACCCAUGGUUCACCUUCUAUGUCGCCGCCACCAAGGACUGGUUUCCCAGCAUCACACGCUACACCAUACGCAACAGUUACACAUACGAGCCCUGAAUGCAGGUUCAUUAAACAAAUGAUCAUGUGGUGUUUACAUUUUGUUGGAUGAGGUCAUUCAAAGCGACCUAAACUGAUUUCCAGUACAUAUAGGUUUACACAUAUAUGCCCACACAUAUAGACCUACACACAUAGGCCUAGACAUAUAGGCCUACAUACAUAGGCCUGGAUAUAUAGGCCUACACACACGAUCCAACCCAGUAUCUGUGGAGUGGGGGUCAGUGAACUGUUUCAACCGUUUUAACUGUUUUAAUGUAUUUUAUUAUGUGCAUUGUCAUGUAUUCUAUGACAAUGGGGACUGGCCGGA